AUGUUGCAACGGAAGUCGAAGGGAAGCAGGCAUCAAGACCGUGGCAUUGCGCGCGGCUACAGCACGACUGAGAGGGCGCCGCGGCCUCGUGCAACUGCUGCUGCGGCGGCUGCUGGGACUCAUGAGCCUGCAGCUAGUGUGCCUGCAGCUCCUGUGCCUGCAGCUAGUGAGGCUGCAUCUUCGGUACCUCCGGGGAUUUUAGCCUUGCAGAAGCGCUCGGCUUUCCCUUCACCAGCAGGAGCAAGGGGGCCAUGGCACACGCCCUAUGCCUUUGUCGCCAGUGGAGCUACAAGAAUCAAUACCACUUCUUGGACCCCAACUUCGCUUCUGCAUCGCAGCAGUCCCCGGGUGCAAAUGGAAAUUGGGGUGACAUGGCAACAGUCCAUGCUGCCGGCAGUUGGAGGGGAUCAGUUUGGCGCUGCUCUGGCUGCUGUGCCGGGAGCAGCCAGUGCGCGGCCGGCUUUCCCAGGUUGGCCCGCGCCAGCAAAUGGACCACCUGCUGUGCCACCAGCUGGGACAGCUGCUGUGACACCAGCUGUGGCUGCAGAGGUGCCUGUGGGAACGGUGCCUGCCGAAGCUGAGCCGGGGGAAUCAGAGCCGCCUUCGCGUCGUAGACGCGCAGCUAAGGAAAAAGCCAAGAGGGCUGCAAAGCCUGCUGCCAAGAAGGCUGCGGCCAAAAAGGCUGCUGCUAAGAAAGUCAAGAAGCCUGCCAAGGGCCGCAAGGAUUCUAAGUAG